UCCAGAUAGAACCGUCGCCUCACUCGAGCACCUCGAGGAUUUCGGGAUGCCUGAAUGAGGUGCGCCGCAGCUGCAAAGGGACUCCUUGCUAACUUUCUGAGACAUUUGGAGGCGGCGUGGAGAGGAGAGACUUGAAUCUGGACCCGAUUAGCGCAAUAGACGCGUCGGUCGGCCUUGAUGCCGCAGAUACGUCGCGUGUGCGCGGUGCGGCCGAGGGAGUGAGUGAACGUUCCGAUCCGGCGGAUUGAAAGAUGCUUUUCCUGGAGCGACCGAGCACGAUGAACCCGGAGCGCGGCGAACGAGGGGAGCGUUCUUCGCACCGAGGCCCAGAGAUGGAGCCUAUUCCUGGGGGGAAGAAGGCCAAGGUGUCCACGAGCUUCCAGAGGAGCUCCACCUCGGACGACGACUCUGGCUGCGCGCUGGAGGAGUACUCCUGGGUGCCACCAGGACUUAGACCCGAGCAGGUCCAGAUGUAUUUCUCCUGCCUGCCGGAGGACAAAGUGCCGUACGUCAACAGCUCCGGGGAGAAACACCGCAUCAGGCAGCUCCUCUACCAGCUGCCCCCCCACGACAAUGAGGUUCGUUACUGCCAGUCUCUAACGGAGGAAGAGAACCGGGAGCUCCACAUGUUCAGCGCCCAGCGGAAGAGGGAGGCACUCGGGAGGGGAACGCCCAAGAUCCUGCCCCGGGCGCUGCAACACACUCGCUGCGAAAACUGUGGAGGCGGCAUCAGCGGAGGGGAGAUGGCGAUCUUUGCCUCGAGGGCUGGACCGAACCCCUGCUGGCACCCGGCAUGCUUUGCGUGUGCUACGUGCCAAGAGCUGCUCGUGGAUUUGAUCUAUUUCUACCAAAACGGCAAGAUCCUCUGUGGAAGGCACCACGCGGAGCUUAUGAAACCAAGAUGCUCCUCGUGCGACGAGAUUAUCUUCGCGGAUGAGUGCACAGAGGCGGAGGGACGUCAUUGGCACAUGAAGCAUUUUGCCUGUUUUGAGUGCGGGACAAUAUUAGGGGGGCAGCGCUACAUCAUGAAAGAGGGCCGGCCCUACUGCUGCGGAUGCUUCGAGUCGCUGUAUGCGGAGUACUGCGAGGCCUGUGGUGAAAAUAUCGGAGUGGACCAUGCUCAAAUGACCUACGAAGGUGGACAUUGGCAUGCGACGGAUGAGUGCUUCAGUUGUGCUCACUGUAAGAUGUCCUUGCUGGGUUGUCCAUUCCUGCCGAAACAAGGUCGGAUCUACUGUUCAAAGGCCUGCAGUCAAGGAGAGGACACCCACACCUCGGAUUCUUCAGACUCCGCCUUCCAGUCUGCUCGCUCUCGCGAAUCCCGCCGCAGCGUCCGCAUGGGUAAGAGCAGCAGGCCCGCUGAACAGUGGAGACAGUCCCAAGUCUUAAAUCCCUCGACCUUGGUUUCUGGGUGCGAGUACAAGUUUGUUGAGGGCGGAGUUGAUGGGGAUGUUGAGAUCAUUGGGCAGAAACUUUCACAUCUAGGCCUGGAUGAGGAAAGGUUCUGGCGGGAUCGUGAGGAGCAGGAUGCUGGGGGAGAGGAGGACCCCGAGGAAUGGGCCCAGCACGAAGACUAUAUGACCCAGCUUUUGCUCAAGUUUGGUGAUCAAGGAAUGAUGCAUCAAAUUCAGCAGCCAUCCCUAAAGUCUCCCAGUACCGGCAAUGACAGAAACCGCCAAAGUGUUUCUGACCCUUGGCUAAAGCCAGACACCCUCGGAAUCACUGCCGCUUCACCUACCCCUACCAGUCCUACCCAGAGCCAAGCUUCCAAUCAAUCCCGAGCCAACAGCCUUAGCCCUGGACUCAUGAACAAGAAGCAUCUUCCGGAAAUGUACUGGGCCCAAUCUCAGGACGGACUGGGCGACUCGGCCUACGGAAGUCAUCCAGGACCUGCCAGUGCCAGAAAGAUCCAAGAGCUCGAGUUCGACCAAGACCAGGACCACUCUAGUGCCGGCAAACACGCCCUAUGGCCAGAGAACCGACAGUGGUACCAAGAUACGCUCGAAUGUAUAGCGGAUGAACUGAGGAAAGCGGGGCAGGGUGUCGGAGACUCCAUGGACUCCCUGGCACUGUCAAACAUCACUGGUGCGUCAGUUGAUGGUGAUUGCAGGGAUAGGCCUACGGUGUACUCCCUUCAUGCAAUGCCGGACUCUUUGGUGGUGGACGGCUGUGAGAAAAUGAGCAACAUGGGGACGUUUAACUCGUCUCAUCUUCACCGCAGCAACAACUCCCUCAACCUUAUCUCGGAGAAGGGGGAACAGGAGGCGGCACAAGACGGGGAGAUUGCAACGAGGGGAGGACUCCUCUCUUCGUACUCCCGUUCAGAAACACCAUCAUCUGCAUUUGUCCACGGACCGGCUCUGAGGAGGACCAAGUCACAGUCCAGGCCGCCUCAGAUGGUCAAGUUCACAGAAGACACUGUGGAUAAUGGAUAUAAUGAUGGAUUUGAGGUCAAUAUCAGAAAGCAUCCGAUGAGUGAGAGGCCACAGAGGAGGGUCUACGCCCACGAUCAGGUGGGCAGGGAAAGAAGCCGUCCAUCAAGUCACCACGGCCGCAACAGACAGCAGACCCACCACACAAGACACCACAGGAGCCGCAAAACCCAUUCGGAUAUUGCUCUGAACGUGACGCCUUCGGAAAAGGCACAGAGACCGUAUCGACAUCACCGACAGAAUCUCGCCAACCCACGCCAAAGGUCUCCAAGUCAACCGUUGCCGUAUUCUCAAACCCGAUCAGACUACAUGAUUCAGGGACCAUGUAAGGCGGACCCUCGGGUCGAGCGUUUUAUGGGUCUCUACAAAGGUGAGGAUGAGUGGUGUUCCACUUGCUCCUCGUCAUCGUCGGACUCCGAAGAGGAGGGAUACUUCCUGGGCCAGCCUAUCCCGCAGCCUCGACCCAGCGGGCGCUUCUACGCCGAGGACUACCCGAGGGUCGUCCCCCUCUCGUCGCAAAGCCACGGCUCAAAGACUGGUCGCAGAAAGCGCCACCGCUCCAAAAACUGUAUUAUCUCGUAAAGCUCAGUCUGCAUCAAGACUAAGACCUGAAAGUGUUUUUUUUUUUUUUCUUUGUUUUUUGUAAAACCACAAACAUUUUGUACAGGUGUUUAAGAGCUUUAGAUAUAGGCUGAGUUGUAAUUAGGCUACCAGAUAUGGAAGGAAUGAGUCGGGUGCAAUGCCAAAAAAAAAAACUAAAUUAUAGCCAGAUGUGUGUAAACUGGCUCAAGGGUAUCCUUUU